AAAACCUAGCCAACAAUCUUUAAUUCAUACUUCUCCAAUUUAACAAAUGACUGGCCCUAGAGUUAUAUAUUCAACUAUAGUAACUAUUUUAUGCAUAAAAAUGUUAACUGCACCUAUUUUUGCUCAAGAAUUUAAUGCAGGGCUAUUGCCAGGAUUAUUCCCAAUAAAUCCUGAAGAGAUAAGAAAAUGUUUUGAAACAGUGACAACAAUUCCUCGUUGUAUUGAAGAAAUAUUAACUUCUUUAUUGACUGUUCAACUUAAUUUGCUUGGUACUCAAUGUUGCAAAGCAGCUUUGGAAAUUGAUGAUAGUUGUUGGCCAAAGAUUUUCCCUUUUAAUCCUUUCUUUCCUCCUGAUUUCAAGAACUUUUGCUACACUCAACCAGGAAUUAUACCUCCUCCACCGUUAUUUUGAACGUUCAAGAAAUCGUCAGAUUAAUCGAGUCAGUAGGAAUAUUUGAUAUUUUUGGCUGGGCGUGAAGAGGAAUGUUUUUGUGUGAAUUGUUGUUAUUCGUCAAAAGUACUCUUGUGGUAAUAUAUAUAUA